GUGUCCACAGUAAACUGGGUGAGGCAGUCAACACACUUCUGGAAAAGCCUUCAGUCCUACUUGGGGUGCUUACAAUACAGACGGAUUUCUCAAGAUGAAGGCCUCAAAGGAAAGCAUGUCAGAACUGGAGACUGCCAUGGUCACCAUCAUCCAAGUGUUUCACAAGUAUUCGAGUCAUAAGUGCAAUCUGAAGAAAGCAGAGCUUAAAGCACUUAUCAACCAUGAGAUGAAUAAUUUCAUAAUGAAAAUCCACGAGAAUGAAACUCUCGACCAGCUCUUUAUGGACCUCGACCAGAACGGAGACCUGGAGAUCGACUUCAAAGAGUUCAUCACCCUCAUCGCCAUGGUCACCUCAGCAUGCCACGAACUCUUCGCCCCGAAGCGGCCGUGAUAAUUAGCUUGUUACUCAUUAAAAUGAAGAACACAGAAACAGUGUCUGAAUUUUGUAAGUGGGAAUUAAUUAUUAAAAGGAAAUAUGAUA